UUGGCAUAAUAUUUAAAAUGGAACCUUCAUGAUGAUGCUUAAUACUUCUAAAAUAUUUUAUUUUGCAUGCACCUGUACCUAGUGCUGAUCUCCUGUCUGGUGAGCUCAACGCACUGCUGGCAGUUCGAUGGCGGAGGUCAGCGAUGGUCGAGGAGCACGGCCAGGGUCCUGGCACGGGGACCACCGCCGCCAAUGCCGCCAGGAGGCGGCGGAGGCCGAGGAUCGGCGGCAUUGUUGGGCUCCCAGCAGCAGGACAUACUCUAUGCCUGUCCACUCAACUCGAUGUGCCAGUGCGCCGGGCUGCCCAACGAGACCAGCACGCUGAUUGAGAUUAAUUGCAACGAGGUGGCACUGUACAAGUUUCCAGAGUUCAUGCACAGCAGCGUGCGGUAUAUCGAAAUGUCCAACACACAUCUGCAGAGUGUCGACGAUGAGACAUUCCAGGGACUGCGCCUCAAGACACUGAAGCUAAUCGACAACGAGCUGCAGGACAUAUCCGAGCGGAGUUUCAGCACGAUGACACAUUCGCUGAUGACAUUGGAUAUCUCAGGAAACAAGAUGCAACAAUUACCCCUGGAGGCACUUCAGCGAUUGCACUCACUCACGCGACUAGUGGCGCAACGCAACCACAUCACCACCUUGGAUGGCAAUUGGGAGGCCCAGCAUGACACACUUCGUUCCCUGCAUCUGGCGGACAACGACAUCACCGAAGUGUCCCCGAAUGGCGGUUCAUUGGAGCUCAGCUCCCCCAAUGACAACAGCUCGCAGCCCUCGAGCUUGGCUGCCGUGCAGACCAGCCAGGAGGCGGGCAAUUCGCUGUAUCAGCCCUCGCCCAGUUCCGGGGAUCGAUCCGCCCUGGGUCGGCCCUUUGAGCAGCUGCAGAAGCUGCUGUGGCUGGACCUGUCCAACAACAGGAUCUACCACGUGUCGGGGAACUACCUGCCGCGAUCGCUGGUGACGAUGGACUUGUCCAGCAACCUGCUGACCAUCUUCCCUCAGCAGCUCUUUGAGCAGUUGCCGGGCCUGAGGAUCGUGAGCUUGAGAGAUAAUCUCGUGAAGAGUGUGCAGUGGAAGGAGCUGCAAGUGCGGCCGUUGCGCAUGCACUUGGAGCGCCUGGACCUGGGACAGAACUGCAUCGAGAGCCUCGAGUCGGACUACUUCCAGCAGAACUACUCGGAUGUGCAUUUGAGAGCGCUCAAUCUGGAGCAGAACUUCGUGACUCAGCUGCCGGCGGCAGUGUUCAAGGCCACGGGGAUUGCCCAUCUGGUGCUGGCCUUCAAUGCGAUCAGCCGAGUGCAUCCGGCUGCCUUUGAGGGCCUGACUGAUACCCUGGAAUACCUGGACUUGGAGCGCAACAGACUGACCACCGUGCCCGUGGCCAUAUCCUCGCUGCAUCGCCUCAAGUACCUCUAUCUGACGUCCAACGAGAUCAGUCAGCUGGUCAACCUGCCCUCCUACACCGACAAUCUGCGAGUCCUCAGCCUGAGUGGCAACAACUUCAGCAUGAUACCCAUUCUGGGGCUGAAGAACUACACACAGCUCUCGUAUCUGAACAUGGGCUACAACUCGAUCACGGACAUACCCGAGGGCAUAUUUGCCGUCGAUUCGUGGGGCAGUAAUCUGCAGACGAUACUGCUGCGCAACAACAAGAUCACGCAUCUGCAUCUGGGAUCGUUUGCGGGUCUCGAUCAGAUCCAGGAGAUCAGCUUGAGCUUCAACGACAUCACCAUCCAUCAUCCGCUGGUCUUUGAGAAUGUCUCGAGAUCGUUGAAGAUACUGGAGCUCUCGUUCGCCGUCUUCCCGGCCAGAAGUCUGGAGAGUCUGGAUCCACUGGACGCUCUGUUGCCGCUGUCGCAGCUCAUUUGGCUGGGACUGGACAACAACAAUCUGAAGAGCAUCUCCAACGAAUCCUUUGCCCAAAUGCGGGAGCUGAGCUACAUAAAUCUGAGCUUCAAUCAGCUGAAGGCCCUGCCCCGCGGUCUCUUCAUGCCCGAUGUCCACAGCCAUCUGGUGGAGAUAGAGCUGUCCUACAAUGGCCUGGAGCACCUGGAGUCGCAGACCUUUCACAAUCUGGGGGAUCUGCAGACGCUGAACCUCCAGUCGAAUCGUCUGAGGACCAUUGCGCGUCACGCCUUCCACAAUCUGGAGUUCCUACGCUACAUAGAUCUGUCCCACAAUCGGCUGGUCAACAUAUCGCACGCGGCCUUCACAGUCCUGCCGAAUCUGGCCGCCCUGGAUCUGAUGCACAAUCAGCUGUGUUCCUUGUCGCUGAAGUCCUUCCACUACGUGUCGAAUGCGACGACUCCGCUGCGCCUCAACAUGAGCCACAACCACAUCUCCAGCUUCGACGAUGAGCUGAGCAGCUACAUGUACAUCUACCAGCUGGACAUCAGCCACAAUCACGUGGCCAAGUCGGAUAGUUUCAUGAACCUGGCCAAUACCCUGAGGUUCCUCAAUUUGGCCCACAAUUCGUUGGGCGCUUUGCAGAGCCAUGCGUUUGGUGAUUUGGAAUUCCUGGAGAUCCUCAAUCUCGCCUACAACAACCUCACCUCCUUGAGGCGCCGCAGCUUUCAGGGCCUGAACAGCCUGCAGGAACUGGACCUCAGCCACAAUCAGUUGGACCAGCUGCAGGUGGAACAGUUCUCGAAUCUGAGGAAACUGAGGAUCCUCAAGAUCAGCUCCAACCGCUUGCGAGCUCUGCCCCGCGAGGUGUUUAUGAACACGCGCCUGGAGUUCCUCGACAUAGCCGACAAUCAGUUGAGCGUGUGGCCCGUGCCGGCCUUCACGGACAUUGGCUUCACCCUCAGGUCCAUCCAGAUGUCCCGCAACAAUCUGGAGUACCUGGAUGCCUCGAUGUUCAUCAACUCGCAGUUCCUGUACGACAUCAGCCUGGCCCGGAAUCGCAUCACCAUCCUGCCGGACAACACCUUCAGUUUCCUGAACAAUCUCACCAACCUGGAUCUGUCGCAGAACCCCCUGGUCACGACCAAUCUGCGCGAGGUGUUCGUGCACACGCCGCGCCUCCGAAAGCUGAGUCUCCAUCACAUGGGACUGUAUGUCCUGCCGCCGCUGAAGAUGCCGCUGCUCUCGUACCUGGACGUGAGUGGCAACUACUUGCAGGAGCUGUCGCCGCUGGGCUCGAUGCGGCACCUGCGGCACGUCAAUGUGUCCCACAACAAGCUCAUCAAUGCCAGCUGUGCCGUCGAGCACCUGCCGCCCUCCGUGAGGGUCCUCGACCUCGCCCACAAUCCCCUGCGACGCAUUACGCUGCACGAUCUGGUGAGCCUGCGGCAUCUGUCCGAGCUGAACAUCCUCGACGUGAAGGUGUCCAAUCCGCAGGCCUUCUCCAAGCUGCGUUCGCUACGCAAACUCCAUGCUAGCUCCCAUGCGAAUCUGGGCGAAAUUGUGGCCAGAAUACCGGGACUCCAGCAGCUGAGAGUGCACUGCCUGGAGCCGAACAUUGGGGCGCAGUUCUUCGCCAAAUUGGCCAACAACACGAAACUGCGACUCGUCGAGCUGUACGGCAUCAAUGUGCAGACCAUAUCGCCCGAUGUCUUCACGGGCCUCGCCCGCAAUCAGCGGCUGCAAGUGAAGAUAUCCCACACCCGAAUCUCCGACCUGCCGCCGGGGAUUUUCUACACGCUCCGGGAGGUGCCGCAUCUCUCCAUCGACAUAUCACACAAUCGCAUCAAUGCUCUGGCCGCCGAUAGUUUCUAUCCGAACAAGAGCUACUGGGAUGCCGUGGGCACUCGCAGCAUUAUGGGUGGCCUCAUCACCUCGCACAAUCCGCUGGAGUGCGAGUGCGGACUGGUGUGGUUCGGUCACUGGCUGCGACGAUGGCUGCGGGAGUCGGCCCAGAUCAAGGUCAUACAAAAGGAUGACCUGAAGCGCAUGGUUCAGUUACCCCUAUCGAUUGCCGAUAUGCGCCGCGCCCGUGCCAACACCUGCCACGAUCCUACGUCGGGUCGUCAUCUGCCCAUCCUGGAGAUCUUUCCCGAGGAUCUGCUGUGCCAGGCGAGUGCUCUGAGCAGCUCCGGCCAGCGGCUGUUCCUGCUGUCCUUCGCCAUGGCCCUGCUGCUGCCCAUCAUGACGACGAUGACCCUUUGAUGUUGGCUCUAGUUGCCGGCCAAGCGGGACACCCCAGAGAUUAGCCCCCUCCGCCGCCCCGCCACCAAUAAGGAUUACGGCUGCACCGACGACUGGGUCUCUCCUGCAGCUGUUGACCCUUUUACACAUUUUAGUGUGAAACUUGACUCCGGGCGAAAUAAGUUGCCGCAAAUUAUGGGAGGGCGACGCGGUUGCCUCAGGUGUUGCGCCGCCAUAAAACCCCAUAGAAAGAAAACACGGAACCAGGCAAGGACCACGGCUUAUACCACGUAUGUCUGUAUAUGUAUGUGUGCCGAGAGGGAGGCAGCACGCGGCUAUGGAACCCCUGGCCAGGCCCAUAAUUGGAUUAUCGGCGGGCCAAAGUGUUCCAAUGAGUGCAUUCCUUUGGCCACUAGAUCCUGUGUGUUGACUGCUCCCUGACCCACUACGACCAGCUGCCCUUGCAGCCUGCCUCCUGCAAUCCUGCGCGGCAGCUGCUGCAAUCGGCGGAUACCCUUUGUCCCGGAAUUGAUUGGGGAAUACACCGAAUGCACUUGUCUGUGGCCUUUUUUGCUCGUAUUUUCUUGUAUUUUUUACUAAACCAAAAUCACCAUGGGAAUGCUUGUGGAAAAUCUGCACCAAUUUGUUGGCGGAUGCAUGUUGCGUUGCCCUAAAGCUGUGAAAUAAGUUGUACAAUUUGUUACCUAGUUAAGCUUAAACUUUUAUUGAAUCUAUGUAAUGAAAUUACGUUUUAGCUGAAUAAGUUUUAUCUAUUCACAUGCACAACAACCACAUAAUGUAGCGGCUGCUUAUCCUUUAAAAGUAAAUAUGAUUAAAAACAGAUUUUAACUUAAGCUAAAGCCCAAGGCAAUGAUUGGGGACACACGAGAUGUCGAGAGAUGACGAGAAUUAUACGAGUUACGAGAAGCUGUGGCACGCACAGAUAGAACAAGAACAAUAACGGAGGAAAGUCCACAAAUAGCGGUUCUUGAUAAUGACUCCAUCGUGAAUGUUCCCUUGUUCACAGGAAGCCAUAUCACGACUAAAUUGGGCCACAACUAGCGGUGAAAUCAGCAUAUGUCUACUCGGAUGUCAGAAUCCUUAUUCAAGGAUCAAGAAUAUGAACAACAACGCCGCCAAAUCAAGCGCUGGGCUUUAUCUUUGAGACGCAGAACUUAUGCACCUUACGCUUUGCCACAAACAGAGAGUCGUACUCCUAGACGGAGUCCAAUCCCUGCCAGACCGAAUCGUAUCCCAGCUGGACAGAAGCGCACCCCCUUCAAGAGCCCGAAACUAACAAGCCGCCGUCAUCCUUCGACCUGGCCAUCGACAACAAUCUCAAGGACUUCGGCUAUGGCAACCAAGGCAGGGGCUACGCGGACUACUAGACUAUAGAUAGACCUUGUUGUUUUUAGGUUUAAGUAUAUAUACGUCUAUGCGUUUAGAUAAUAGAUGUAAAUGGAGUCCACUAGCUUAUUAUUUAUACUAAGUUAGGUUAUAAUGAAUAAAAGUAUGAAAACCCA